GGACACUGUGAGGACAUGCGGAGUGGGUGGCUGGAGGGGGGGGGCGAUCCACUGCCAGAGGAUGGGGAGUCCCACCCGCCCCCUUGUGCCCCCCACCCACGCGAGCCCCGCCGCAGGUGGGGGCGGCCGCUGGGCCCCGAGGAGACGCUGGGGCUGCUGGAGGGCUCCGUGGUGCACCGGGAAGGAGCCCUGCUGGCGCUGAGCAAGCCCCCCGGCCUGCCCAUCCUCGGGCGCUCCGGGGAGCUGAGUCUGACAGCGCUGCUGCCGAUGCUGAGGCGGUGCCUGGACCUCCCCGCCGAGCUCCACGUGGUGAAGGCUCCCGCCAGGGAGUGCUCCGGCCUCGUCCUCCUCUCUGGUUGCCAACGCACAACUGAGCAGCUCCAGCAGUUCUUCACCGACGCCCGACGGAGGGGCCGGUACCCUGCCACAUACCACGCUGUCACCGUGGGGGUCCCGGCAGAGGCCGAAGGCGAGAUCCGCACUGGGCUGCGCUGGCAGCAGCAGGGUGAAACCACUGUGGUGGUGCCGGUGCCUGCCCCAGGACGCCGCAGUCUGGCAAGGAAGGAGGUAAAGAGCACCUUGACACGCUACCGGGUGCUGGGUGCGGCGGGGGGCUGCGCCCUGCUCCAGCUCCAGCCCAAGACAGCCUUCCCAGAACAGCUCCCAGUGCACCUGACACUGCUGCUGUGCCCGGCCCUGGGUGACCAUAAGCACUCGUCCCGAGUGGGCAGGGUGCUGGGGGUGCCCUUCCUCCUGCCCCCCGAGGCUGCCCCGACCCGCACACAGGUGCUGGACGAGGAGCUGCUGAGCCUGCUGGGGCUCUCCCCACAGCGGCUCCAUCGUCUCCCGCUCCACCUCCACCUCCAGCAGCUGGAGCUGCCCCAGGGCCCGCUCUGUGCCCCCCCGCCACCCUUCUUCCUCCGCACCCUGCAGCGCCUGGGGCUGCCAGGCCACCAGGAGCCCCACUUCUCUCUGCCACCCCAUUAAAUUCCCGCCUGCUGCCA